AUGGAACAAAGGAACAAUGUGACUGAAUUUGUCCUCUUGGGCCUCACUCAGAAUCUCCAGAGUCAGAAAAUAUUUUUUGUUUUGUUCUUGUUCAUCUACAUUGUGACAAUGGUGGGCAACGUCCUCAUUGUUGUGACUGUGGUGGUCAGCCCACUACUAGAUGCCCCUAUGUACUUCUUUCUUGGCUACUUAUCAUUUAUGGAUGCUGUUUAUUCUACUACAGUUACCCCAAACAUGAUUAUAGACUUACUCUAUGGGAAGAAAACAUUUUCUUUCCAAGCUUGCAUGACUCAGCUUUUUAUAGGACACUUAUUUGGUGGUGCUGAGGUUUUACUUCUGGUGGUCAUGGCUUGUGACCGCUACAUGGCUAUCUGUAAACCCCUGCAUUAUAUGAUGAUCAUGAGCCAACGGGUAUGUGCUCUGCUGCUGUUGGUGGCCUGCAUUGGAGGUUUUGUGCAUGCUGUAGUUCAGCUUCUCUUUGUUUACAACCUUCCCUUCUGUGGCCCCAAUGUCAUAGACCACUUCAUCUGUGACAUGUACCCCUUAUUAAAACUUGCCUGCACUGACACCUAUAUCAUUGGUCUCACUGUGGUUGCCAAUGAUGGGGCAAUAUGUGUGGUCAUUUUUACGGUGUUACUCAUCUCCUAUGGAGUCAUUCUACAUUCCCUGAAGAAUCUUAGUCAGGAAGGGAGGCGCAAAGCCUUAUCCACCUGUGGCUCCCACAUCACUGUAGUGGCCCUCUUCUUUAUCCCUUGUAUUUUUAUGUAUGUGAGACCUCCCUCCACCUUACUAAUAGAUAAAAUUUUGACUGUAUUUUGCACUGUCAUCACUCCUAUGUUGAACCCCUUAAUCUAUACUCUGAGAAAUGCAGAGAUGAAAAACGCCAUGAAGAAGAUCUGGACCAGAAAACGCAAAUGAUCUGGAAGAUAAAUGCAUCAUCUACUUUCAAUUAAAAACUCCUCCUUCAGAAAUGCCCUGUGUAAUUAUAAGUGUGGUAAAACUUUCUUCCCAUUUA